CCGGUUUGCCUUGCUGAUGCAAUUGGGUCUUUGCCGGCCUGGCAAGCGCCGAGAGAAGCGGCGAGUCCUGCGGGCAGACUCCUCCAGUAUUUUUGAAGUUUCUGCAUAGAAAGAAGUUACAAGAGGCGCUUUAACUUGUAAAUACUACUACUACUACUAAUAAAAAGAUCUUCUACACUCCUGAAAAUGGCAGACAUUCAGAACGGUGGCUUUUGCUCUCGUAAUCCGCUUGAACUGUUUGAACAAGUAACCACACAGGGAGAAAAAGUCAGAUCACUAAAAGCAGAGAAAGCACCAAAGGAUGACAUUGAGGCAGCAGUUAAAUUAUUAUUGUCAUUAAAACUGAGCUAUAAAACAGCAACGGGACAGGAAUAUAAAGCUGGUUCCCCUCCGACAAAUUUCACUCCAGUCAGUAACGGUCCAGGAGAUGGUGAAGAUGAAGAUUUUGUAGACCCAUGGACAGUACAGACAUCCAAUGCCAAAGGGGUAGAUUAUGAUAAACUUAUUGUGCGGUUUGGCAGCAGCAAAAUUGAUAAAGAUCUGAUCAAUCGAAUAGAGAGAGUUACGGGACAUAAACCGCACCACUUCCUACGCAGGGGCAUCUUCUUUUCUCAUCGAGAUAUGAACCAAGUCCUUGAUGCAUAUGAAAAUAAGAAGCCGUUUUACCUUUACACAGGCAGAGGACCUUCAUCUGAGGCAAUGCACGUCGGCCACCUCAUCCCAUUUAUUUUUACAAAGUGGCUACAAGAAAUAUUUAAUGUUCCUUUAGUUAUACAAUUGACUGAUGAUGAGAAAUACCUCUGGAAAGAUCUAACUGUUGAGAAGGCGUACCAGUAUGCCAUAGAAAACAUCAAGGACAUUAUAGCCUGUGGAUUUGACAUCAAUAAAACCUUCAUCUUUUCUGAUCUACAGUAUUUGGGGACCAGUCCAGAAUUCUACAAGAACAUCAUAAAAGUUCAAAAACACGUUACAUUCAACCAAGUCAAAGGAAUCUUUGGCUUUACAGACAGCGACUGCAUCGGAAAGAUCAGUUUUCCUGCGAUUCAAGCUGCUCCAGCCUUUUGCACGUCAUUUCCACAGAUCUUCAACAACAAGAAGGAUAUUCAAUGUUUGAUCCCUUGUGCCAUCGAUCAGGAUCCCUAUUUUAGAAUGACAAGAGACGUGGCCCCAAGGAUUGGCUAUGCCAAGCCGGCGUUGAUGCAUUCUGUCUUCUUCCCAGCCUUGCAAGGGGCACAAACGAAGAUGAGUGCCAGUGACCCCAAUUCAUCUAUUUUUCUCACCGACACACCUAAGCAAAUCAAAACAAAGAUCAACAAGCAUGCCUUCUCUGGUGGGAAAGACACUGUUGAAGAGCACCGGAAGUACGGGGGCAAUUGCGAUGUGGAUGUGUCUUACAUGUACCUCACAUUCUUCCUCGAAGAUGAUGACAAACUAGAGCAGAUCAAACAGGCCUAUACAAGUGGAGCGCUUCUGACGGGAGAGCUGAAGAAGGCUCUGAUCGAAACGCUUCAGCCCUUGAUUGCGACUCACCAGCAAAGGCGAAAGCAAGUCACAGAUGAAAUGGUGAAGGAAUUCAUGACUCCAAGGAAGCUGGCGUUCAGUUACUAAUCCUAGACACGCAUGCUAAUUUGUCUGUACAUGUAGUACAGUGGAAUCAAUGCUAUCAUAGCGUUUUUCUGGUUACGUUGCCUCUCCCUAAUUUAUAUACAAGCACCGAUCAGCAUUGCUUCUUAAGCAGUAACCUGUAACAUUAUCUGCAUUCAACAUCAGCAGCUUUUACUGAAAGCAUUAAGAUGCUGUCUGUAUAGUUCAGAAGCGACUGGCGUUGGGUGAAGACUUGAUUUGGUCUCUGAUACAGGCUAACAGAAGACACCAGUUACCCAGCAGAAGACUUUGUCUUGUGGACUUUGGUGUUUCCAAAAGCUAAAAUAACAUUCAUUAUUAAAAAGGCAUUGCUCAUGCCAGGGUCUGCUAUCUUGAGGGCUUUUAAACAUAUUUUCAUUGCAGGUAGGAGUUUUCAAAGAUAGGUGUGUCCUGUAUGCCAGCACCUCUUCAAGGAGUUUAAGUACAAGGGACUUGAUUCUAAUAAUGACUUCUCAAAGUCCAUUCUGUGUAUCAGCCCGUGAGUUUCACAGACUCACUCCGAAGUGUCCAUAUAUUCCUGCAGUUUAAAACUAAUAAGAUGGUUAGUUGGUGGAUGUUUCUGUGACCGAAGCCUGCCUUGUCUUUAUGCUGGGUUGUACAUCUUCUGUUUUGGGGAUGGUUUGAGGCUUCAGAAAACUUGUGAUGUACAAUUCCACCCUAUAAAACGGGGAAAGGUAAUAACAGUAAUUAUUUCUCAGGAGUUGUGUGAAAUGCCGGGAUAUUAUCCCAGCAGAGAUUAUGUCCAAAAGUCCACAACGCCCCUCUAAUAACUAAGAAUCGUCAGGCUAUGCUGUGUUGUCAGCUGUGUGUCUCUUGGCAAAGGAUGUAUUUGUCUUUCUUUUACUGUAUCAUAUUGUUAUGAUUAGGAGAGCUGUCUGUGUGUGUCUCUCUCUUUUUGGUGUACAGAUAACCUUUCUGCAAGAAGUACUCUGAAGAAUAUGGCCCUCCCAUGAACUAUUCUGCAAGUCAAAUAGAAAUAAAACUCCUCAGUUUCCAUUCUGGUUUCUUGUCAUAAGCAUCAGUCACAGCCUGCAUCCCAAUUCAAGAGGAACCUCCAUUUUUUCAAGUCUUAUUUAGAUAAGUGGUAGUUUGCUAGAUAAAUGUUUGACAUGAGAAGGUGGCAAAACUAGAUACAUAACGAGACUUCCAUGUUGAAUACUAUAAAACGUUUAUAAAUUUACAUGCAACAAAUUCUGAAAGGUUAGCAAAUUGUGUAUUCAUUGUUCGGUAAACCUGUGUUUAAACAUACUUGUAAUAUGGAUUUAUAUAGCUAAAGAUAAAAUUGUGUCCUAGUCCAAACCAGCACCAAAUUGGUUGGAUCUUUUACCUUGAUUUCAGUACUUCUGGUGCUCAUGAAUCAACCUUUACUUGAGAUACUAGCAAUAGGAUUGCUCUCCACUUGAGGGAGAGCAAGAGGCCCUGUGCUGCAAAAGUUUGGGGUUGCCAGUUAAGGGCAAAUCCAUUUAUAUAUUAGUAGUAGGGAUGUGUGCUUCGGGUUCCUGAUUCGGGCGGGGGGGAACCCAAAUCGGACCUGAUUUGUAAAGAUUCGGAAAUACCGAAUCAAAACUUCCCGAAGCUUUGGAGACAGCUUCCCCCCUCACUUCGGUAAACCCAAAGCAGAAAAACCGAAUAUUUCACCAGUGCACACCGCUAAUUAGUAGAUAACUUGAACUUCGGAAAAUGCAAAGCAAACCCUCAGGAUUUGUUAGGCAUGAAAACUGUGUUAAGCUCUAGCUUUGAAAAGCAUUGCUGCUUUAAAGAAGGAAUAAUCUCUUUGUUUCCAGAGACAACAUGCACAUGUCUCCUGUACCAGUCCUAUUAAUGGAAACUCAUUAGGAGAUGUUGUAGAUAUUCAAACAGUACAUGUGUUAAUUACUGUAUAAACCCUACUUUUAUUGUAUGUUUCCUUUUUAUCUUCUUUUAAAAAUCUCCCCUAUCCCUUGUGAGUCCCCUUUUAUUUGAUUCAUUUAUUUUGUUCAGAUUAUGGAAACUGCAGGCAGGAGCCUGUUUUGAUUUCCUUCCUGUUCAACUCCUAGAAUGUUGUAAGCACUUGUGUAUCAGGCUGCUAUUUGUUCCCAUAACCAGAUGUGUUGUCUUCUCCUGUGGAUCGCAAGAAUCAAGCUUUAUCGAUCAUGGGAAUUGGCCCUGCAACACGAACAGGUCAUUGGGCAAUUACACAUGUUGGCUUUUGUGCGAACAGGAUGACAGGCAUGGACAUGAGGCAUGGGCAAGCACAAUCCUGAGCUUCUGCAACAUAUAUAGUCUAAACAUUAGCACAUGGAUGUUUUUGUCCAGUGUAAGAAGUAGAUGGACUUAGGCCUUGUCUGCGCUGAUUCUCCUGCUGAGGAGAGAACUACGGCUUGUGCUUUUUCUUUUAGUCCAGAAAAAUGGGAGUGCCUGACUCAUGGUACUCUGACUAGGCUUGUGACCACGGAAUUCCAAUUUUACCAGCCCUUAACAGGUGGCUAGUAAGUCAUUCGGCCAUCUGCCUUUUCAUAUUUUUGAAAGUAGUGGUUUUGAAUCUCACUGAGUUUCACCAAGCUGAGGAGAUUGAAGGCAUUCAGACUCUGCUGGUUGCGUCAUAACCAGAUGUAGUGAACAGUGGAAGGAUCUUGCUUGUAACUACCAGGAGACAUCUGACAGGUUGCUGUUAGCAAAUGAAUGGGUUGAAAUGUGCCUUGGUCUGAUGCGGCAAGGCAUUGUUUGUGUGCUUGAGUCCAUGAGUGAGCGCAGAUUUUAAAGCAUUUGUGAUGUCCAUCUGGCCGGUGCUACUUGCACUGAAUGCAUUUGGCAAUCUUAAAAACUGUGCCAGUUCCACAAUGGCAUGCAAUAUCUCUGCUUGUGGGCAGAAAUAAGCAAAUUGCAUUCUGCAAGCAACCACAGGUUGUUGCAUCUGAUAAUACUUUGGCAGCUGGUUUUCACAUUCUUUGCUUUAUUAUUUACAUAAUCAACUAUUUUUUUUUAAAAAAAUGGCAAGGUCCAAUCUAGAAGAAUAAUGGAGAAACCAGCCAUAUUCUGCCAUCUUGUGAAACAUCUUUGUCAUGUUGAUGUCAAGGAAAUUGUUUUUUUAAAUAAUGCACAACAACUAGAAACCAAAACUGUACACAAUAAAACUGGAAGAUCCUGCAGUACAGCAUUGUCUUAACCAUUAUUACGUAUUUAAAACCCUUCACGAACUAGGACCUACCUAUCUGUAGAGCCAGUGUGGUUUAGUAUAGGUGGUAGCUGUGUUGGUCUGCAGUAGAACAGCAGGGUUUGGAUCCAGUGGCACCUUAGAGACCA